AUGGAUCAUUGGGGCGACCCGUGGGCAGACAACAAUGCCGACGAACAAAAGUCGCCGACGAAGCACGAGGUGACCUCACCACCGCCGCCUACCCUUGCGCCUGCACCGGUGCUAUUGAAUGGCUUUCUGGACGAUGCUGGGUGGGGGAAUGAGGACGAGAGCUUUGGUGACUGGACUACGUCAUCUGGACAUGAUGCCGCUGUUACCACGCUCACGGAGACGCGCAUAGCUGAACCCAGUCCACUGAAGGAUGAGAGGGCAAUUGACGACGGGCCGCGUUGGGAUCUUAAAGAAGAGAGCGAGCACACAUCGCCGACACGAGAAGACGCGUGGAGUGGACAAGAAGAUACUUCCGAUGUGGACAAUGUAACCUCGGACACUUCCGACACGUCGACUACGAUACAGCCGGACACGUCUCCCAGUCAAGACGCGGUCGCUCCUGCGAAUCGAUUACAGCCCGACGAUGACUCUUCCGCACGACCUUCCACGUCCCCAUCCGAGACGAGCCGCACUGAAGCGCCGGUCGAAUCGCCACGGACAUCAUUUGAAGAAGAGGCUGCGAACAGGCUGCAGACUGCAGUGGAUGAGCCGAGUCCUGAGGAAGUACACGCGGCAGCAAGCCAUGAGGAUAGUGACGUAGAUGCUUCAAGCUCAAGUAGCGACAGCACAGACGAUGAAUUCGGGACGUUCACGCAAGAUACUCUAUUGACGGAAGCUCCUUCUGGUCCACCGGAAACCACACAGAAUUCUGAAGGAGAUCCGAAAGAGACGCCGGAGGGAUCAGCCGCUUCCCGAUCUGGAUCGCCUGUAGCCUCUUCGAGUGCCGCUGCUGCCUCAUACGAUGCCGAUACCUACCAACUCGAUACAGACCUCUUCAACGAGCUUUUUCCUUCCAGCGACGAUACAAGGGAACUAGAGGAGGCACCAGAUGAUCCUAUAUACUCAACAUCUGGGCGCAAAGCUUGGUACAGGCUCACGCGCAAGCAGACCAUGAGGGAGUUCAACAGCGGGAAUGCAGACGACAACUACAUUCGGGUCACAUGGGCAGGCUCUCAAGUCAGGUUGGAAGUGAACAAGACCGUAGCAAGAUGGGCACGCGAAGACCGCCUCUCUGGCACAGGUCCAGGAGCCAGAGCUUCGUUCUACUGGGACACGCCUGCGCCUCCUGAGCCCAAGACAGCAAGAGGACAUCUGCGCACGAAGACUACCAUUCCUACGCCACGAGCAGUUGAAGUUGCACCAGCUCGACAAAGCAUGCCUCCAGUGUCCACUGACACCCCGGCUGCGUUCAACUGGAGUUCUCCAACUACUACAGUGGACCCGUGGAAGCAGGACAGUCCCGGUUUACCGCCUAUGAUCCCGCCUGUCGCGCCUAAGCAUAAUGCUGUCGAAAUUACACAAGCGAAUGAGCUUCGUGCAGUUUCAAUUGACCUGACACGCGAUGUUGGGGAAACACAUGGGCAAACGCCGAGUGAAACGCCGGUCGUCGCAACGAAAGCAAUCCCACCUCCUGAGCCAACCACAACCUCUUCAAGUCCUUGGGGAGACAUUGCUGCUCUCGACACCAACACUUCCAAUCGGGAACAACGUACGGAUGUGCCUACAGAAGAUGACGAUGAUUGGGGUGAGAUGAUAUCAAGCCCUACAGUAUCCACUUUCCCCUCAGCCUUUCCAAGCUCCAUACUAGCGACGCUCGACAGUACGGUGUCGAAUUCGGCAUCACCACCAAAGACUCCACCAACUCAGGACCGCUCAGCCGAAGCAAUGCAUAUCGUGCGUCUGCGAAGUACCAUAUCGCCAACAUCAGCGAUCUUUGGUCCGAAAAGUUUCGUUCCAUUCCACGCUGAACAAGGACCUAUUGGACCUGGACUCUUGAAACCCGCCAAGCGCUCUGUCUCUGCCACGUCGGAGAAAAGCAAAGUCGACGUUCCGUCCAAACCGAUUUCAGAAGUCAUUCCACAGGAGGAAGUGAAAUCUGAUGUAUUGCCGGCACGCGACGCGGAUGAUACAACCGAGAUCGCUACCAACGAGGUGAAGGUCGAAGAGCCUAGUACGAACGGUACGGAAGAUGACGACUUUUCUGCGUUUACGUCUAGUACACGUGAGCCGGAAUCUGCCAGGCCUAGCACUCCGCCUUCAGCACCCAUAGUACGAGAUGAACCUCCUAUAGAUGCUUGGGCGGACGCCGAUUUCUCUUUCUUCGAAUCCGCUCCUGCCACAAAAGCGUCUGCGCCAGCCACGCGCGAUCCAUCAGAUCCCUUUUCCGUCUUCGAGACUCCUCCAAGACCGAGCAGUGCUGCAUCUUCCGCGAAGACAUUCACACGGUCUCCUCCGCGGAAUGUAACCCCUCCGCCCAUCCAGCCGCUUACUGGGGCUACGAACUCUGCGCAACGACGGAAAAACGAUGAAGAACAGGUUAUCAAGAGCAUUCUGGCUGGGCUACCAGACUUGAGUUAUAUGUUGCGUAGAUGA